AUUACCUCUGGGUUAAGGGCUUGCGCACUAACCACUUUGCCACGGCGUUGGACAAGGAUAAUUAUUCCCUAGACACCUGUAUACAGUUAGUCAGUUAAAUUUAUUUUUCCUGCAGAUUUGCUUUUUAUAUUUCUAUAACUUGUAACACAAGAUGCCGAUAUUAUAUAGUUGUAUUUCGCGGGGUAAUGUUAUUCUUGUGGACAAAACUAUUGGGCCAGGAGACCACCAGUUUCAUGCACAAGGUUUCCUCACUGACCUGCCUACAGUUGGUGUAAGGAAAACCACUCUGCCACAUGAUGAUGUCUUGUAUCACACAAUGACGGACAACGGGUUGGUCUAUCUAUGUGCUGCUGAUAAAGAAUUUGGGAGAAGGAUUCCAUAUUUAUUCCUGGAAGAAUUAAAGAAACAGUUUUGUUCAUCUGGAAGUCUCUUGCAGCGAACCACUGGCGCUUCUGCGUUCGAGUUUAAUCGAGAUUUCAGAAACAUUUUAUCUGGAAUAAUGGAUGAUUUCAACAAAGGGAAAGGUGAUCAGUUGUCAACCAUGCAGAAUCAGGUAGGUGAGGUUACGGGCAUCAUGAGACAAAACAUCGAGAAAGUUAUCGAACGUGGCGACAAACUUGAUGACCUCGUUGAUAAGACGGAAGAUCUGCAAGCGGGGGCAGCAACAUUCAAGGUGACAGCAAAACGGAUCCAACGAAAAUAUUUUUGGCAAAACAAGAAGAUGUUGAUAAUAAUAAUAGUGAUUGUUUUAAUCAUAAUUACCCUCAUUGUCCUGUUUGCCACCGGAACAAUCUAAUUAUCUUCAAACAAUCGCAAAAAGCACUUAACUUUAAUCUCUAUCUUGUUGGAUCUUUUCAUAAACAUCUUAAAUUACCCUAACCAGACUUUUUUCAUCAAAUAGAAAAAAAAUUAAUUAUUUUAAAACUGUUUGAAUAUAUAAGUUACCAUAGAAAUCUUAUAUCACACCUUGUCCACUAUCUGGUGCUGUGGUCGUCUUCACUUUAUUAUUAUUUUCAUUUAUUAGAUUUAUUUCAUGUUGUGUUUGAAGCUUGCUCAUGAUCUUAAUUUGAACCAGUUUAAUGCAAACACAUUUUCUUUUUUUAUUCUUCAAAUGCCCCUGGUCCCCCAAUCCUGCUGAAUAAUUUCAUUUGUGCAUGCAAGCCAUUCCUGUUGUCUUGGGCAGUGCUUACUGAACAGAAGGCCAGGGAAACAUUUGCAUUGUUGCGAUAUAAGAUACUUUAAAAACAUGUUAACAAAAAUUAAUAUAUGUUAGGCAACUGCUUUAAGAAGAUGAUUUUGCCCAAAAUACAGCUGGUUUUAUUUACAUAAACAACUUCUGUUCAUAACAUUGGCAGUAGUUCAGGUCCAUUCUAUGCAUUUUUACUCUGCCUUAAUUUAAAGCUUUAUAUUACAUUGGAUGUCUAACUAUGUUGUCAUUUAAACCAAAUUUUUGAUUCACAAACUUUAUGAUAAACCAUAGUUGUUUUAAAGUGCCCAGGACCUAUGAUUGCUCUUAUUUGUUCUUCUUUAUGAUGUCACAAUGAUUCACAUCUAUAAUGUUUGUUCAUACAAUGUGCAUUUUAUCUUUGUGUAUUUUUGAUUAAAUAUAGUGCAAUAUGGUACAUAUGG